GGGGAUGUGGACCAAUCACACGGCGCCAACUGGACGUUGUUCCCGGAAUGUUCCGGCCUCGUCCAAUCAGAGCGGAGUGCGUGGAGGACUACAGGAAGUGCUGCACCUCUCGACCAAUAGGCGGCCGGCACAGUAUGACGUGGCACCGGAAAUACCCGGUGGAACCCGGAUGUUGCGUGCUCACUUGAACCGGCGUCCGCACGGAGACGGUACCGACCCAUGAGAACAGAACCCGUUGUUCCGUUACAGCCGUUACAGUCAGUACCGACGGUCGCCAUGUUCUGUUGGAGCGGGCUGUCCGUGGCGCUCGCGCUCGCGCUCUCGCUGGUUCCCGGUUCCGUUAAAGCCGCGAAGGACGGAGACUGUGAAGGUAAGACCGCUAAUGGACCGGGACCGGGACCGUACCGGGACCGGGUCUGUUCAGCAGCCCCGUCAUUGUGUGUCUUUCCUUGUGUGUCCCAUGUAGACAAACAGCUGGACCUGACCACGGUGGACCUGAAGAAGCUCAAAGUGAAGGACCUGAAGAAGAUUCUGGAGGAGUGGGGCGAGUCCUGCAAAGGCUGCGCCGAAAAGUCUGACUUCAUCCGCAAAAUCACGGAGCUCAUGCCCAAGUACGCCCCCGCAGCCGCCAGAGCACGGACAGAUCUGUAACGAGGACCACAAACAAAUAAAACACAACCACACCACUUUGGACUUGACUGGGACCAGACUGCUAUCCAGUGAGGAGGAGGAGAAGGAGGACCAGGAGAGGAGGAGGGAGUUUUUUUUUUUUUUCUGACCUGUUUGUCUCAGUGUUUUGGGUUCGGGAGGCGUACACUCAUCUGUUAAUCUUACACUGAUUCAGAAGUAUCGAUGUUAGUGAAUACACACACCAGACUCGAGUUCUUUGUUGUACUUUUUCCAUCCGGUGAAGGAGAGCGAGCAGUGUUUGAGUUUUUCUGCCGAUAUAGUGAAAACAUUUGAUCGUACGUUGGAUAUAUUCCUGGUUAUUAGUCCAGAAGUGACUGUUGGAGGUUAAAGUGAAGCUGCUGAGUUUGUCGGUCACUGUACAUCCUGUUGUUCGCCCCCCCACCCCUCCAACCUCCGCCUACGCCACCCGGUGAGAAAAGUCAUUAUGUUUUGAUGUGUGUAAUUUCCUGUAGCGUUCCUCCAAACCUUGCCCUACUUUUCACCAUGUCCUCCCGUCACCGGAGGAUGUGCGGAUCAACAUCCAUGACCAGAGCCCCCCCACACUGAGGCUUAAAGGAAAGGCUCUGUGCCUUAAAGCUCAUCCUGACGUUCCCACAUGGACGUUCAAAUAACGUCCAGUCCACACGACCCUGAAUAAAUCCCUUUCUAAUUCUAGAGGACAAAAUCCACAAUCCUGUUGUGUUCAGAGACGCAUUGUUUAUCUGGAGUUAAUGUGCAGUUAGUCAAAUCAGGUGGUUGUCUUCUUCCAAAGUCUUUUAGUAUGAGACUAAUCACCCUGCAGGAGAACAGCGUAUAUCAGGACAGCCCAAAGUGAACUUCAGCCCGCCUAAAGGUUCGAUUUGACAAAACUUCUACUGUUCUAUCCCAUUAUUUUUCAGUUCAGUGCCACAAUAAACGCCGGCAAAGAUAUCAGCCGUUCCUGCGGUGGAGACGAAGCUACACGAGUCCCUUGUUUUGGUCUACCUCACGUUUAUUGCCUUUCUUCGUCACCUUUGUCGCGAAAACACCAGUUUAGUAAUAAAAUGCUUCACUGACAGUCAGCGCGGGAGCAGCCACUGUCGGAGUCACGCUGCCCUCCGUUAACUAUCACUCUUCUCUGCUUCCAUCAGUUUGUCGUCAUUAUGAGACUCCGUUUGUAAAGUUUGCAGCCUUCAAUGCUGCCGAUCUGCGUACAAUGACGCUAAAAAACAAAAGUGCAGAGAUUUGACUGAGUCGUCUCGAGGUCUCCUCAACUGGUGAUUCCAAUUAUUGACUUUUUCAUAAUAUGUGCAGGUCGUGGUCCACCAUUAAGGGAAAACAUUUGGCCAUCGCUGCUGUAUAUUAUAAAACAUUCAAGCACCUUUUUAACAGAGAAUGAGGACUGUGUAUUUUGUCCCUAAUCACUAACAUGGUAAUUACAUGAGGAAGGGAUCUCUUAAUGGCCAGAACGAAGAAGAGGAAUGACAGCAGCAUCCAGAAACAGUUUUCUAUGUGCAUUAAGAUAAAUACUCUCCUGUAAAGACAUUCAGAUCUCCAACACUCUCCCCUUUAACCUCCAAUUCAGUCUUUCUGUUUCAGUUUACGGUUCACAAAGUCGCCCAUAUUCCAACCCAGAGUCAACAAACUGUACUGUUAUUAAAAAAUGGAAAAACUACUUGUUU